GACAUAAGCUGCCAACGGAUUCACAGCAGUAAUGUAAUAAAUAUAUUUGCCACAUAGCUCUGAAACCGCGAAACACAAAAUUCCCACUGCCUGCAAAGUGGAAGCGUAUGAGCAACCACGUUCUUUUUGAUUUCUUUCUAGUUUGUAGUAAACGCCGAUGCAUGCGGCGAUUUUCUUCGGUCAGCAUAUUUUAAUUGCUUGUAGUCACAUAAAGGUGAACGCUUAAGAAAAUCAAUGCUUUGCUUAGCUUUUUGUACAAAUAGCGUAUGAGCAUGACAGAUUUAAAUCCAAACUUUGCAAGUGAGGAAAGAGAUCUUAAAAUUGCUGUUGAAAUCAAUUACGAAUCACCAUUCAGAUUCGGUGAUCAGAAACCAGAAGCUAACACUGCUCCAGUGCAAGAUGGUGAUGCUGAAGCUGUUUGCAAAUAUAUCGUCAAAGCGCCUCGUCCAGAUUCCAAGCUUAUACUUCAGAAUAUGGAAGAAGUUUUAAACUCUGUGAAGAAGAAACACAGACAGAAGCAUAAAAGGAAACGAGAGCAGAGAAAACUGGCUGAAAUGGAAGCAGCAGCAGUCGCUAUUGCUACCGCGGAAUUAGAAAAAACUGAUGGAACAGAGGACAAUGAGAUUGGUAAUGAAAAGUUAAUUGAAAAGACUAGUGGACAUUCAGGAAAUGCGGAAAAUGGCGAAAAAUCUAUUGGAAAGCGUUCGAAAACUAAACCACUCCAAGAAAAAUCUGUUCAGGAAAACGGACAGAAAGCUUCCUCUAAUAGUCGCCGUAAAAGCAAGCAUAUAGAUAACAAAAGUCCUCUAAAAACUCCUUCACCCGAUGGGGAUAUUCUACGGCAUUUCCAACGAACCCAUAAUAACAAUCAGCUAGGUGCAGAUGAUGCGACUGUGACGAAAAUGGAUGCUGCCGGAACUUCGUCCUCGGCAAAUCAACCAAAAACCAUGAAUGCUUUUGAGGUUAUGAUGAAUGCUAGAAAUAAAACGAUCGGAUCCAAUACGCCUGGAAAAGAAACCUCACCAAACAACAGUCAAGAAUCGGCAAUCAACACAAAACGCAAAUUAAUGCUGCAAGAGUGGGCUAACAAAAAGGGUGGCGCAAAGCGCAAAUUAGAAGAAGAAACACGAGCUGCGUACGUUGAACAUGAACUGGAGAAUCGUGCAAAGCGGCUUAAACAAAUGCUCGUGCAAGGAGCAUCACCAAUACAAGAUAAUACUCCUAAAAGUCGAGCAUCAAAUGAUCGGAGAAGCAAGGUCAAAAAAACAAAUAACUCUGAAAAAUUAGCAAACCAAAGUAUCGAAAAAACUAAACGCAAGAAGCGAAUAACAAAACAACUUUUGUCCGUCGAAUCUUCGGAUAAUGAAGCGGUCGUAGAACCAGACGCAGAGACUGACGAAUUUUUAUCUAAACUUAAUUCCCCCACUAAAAAACGGGAUAGUAUUUUGGGUUAUUUCCCACGGAAAGAAUCGCCAUCAGAUGUAGCUGCAAAAAAUUUAAAAGAAACGAUAGCAAAAAGUAAGAAUCUAUCCAAAUUAGAAACUCGAAAGUCGCGUUCACGAUGUUCUACUAAAAGCAGUGCUUUACUACCCACUGAAGCGGCAACUAAGCCUGCUACACCUGUAACAGAAGAGAAACUCCAACCCGUAGAACAAGUUGUUCCGGAACCGGUUGAAAACACACCCUGCGGAAGACCAAAGCGUUCUUGCGCUGGUAAAGCGCGCUAUGACUAUGAUUUAGAAAAAAGUCCGACCAAAUUAAAUCCAAAUUCAACGAAAAAAGGUAUCACAAAGGCUAAACAGGGUGAAAUCUCUAGCAGGGAAGAAGUAAUAAUAGAUUUAGAUGAUAGCGAUAUGUCUGCCUCAACAGAGAAAUUGCCAAAGAAGUUAGCGCCACUUUUUGUUCGCGCAGUACCGAAACCCAGCCCAGAUCCAAUUGCAAUGAAAGCGCGACAAGAUUUUCUAAUGUCAGGUGUACCGGAAAAAAUGCGUUUGGAAAUGGAGAAACAAAAACAAUAUGAACAAACUUAUGAAGAAGACCUGGAUUAUUUCCCACGUGUUUGUCAUGUGCAACAAUUAACUAUUGAGGACACGGAAUUUUUACUUAUUAAACGCGAUUUCAAUUUCAAAUGGAAGCCCAAUGAUGAUGACGAUAACUUUGACAGAUCUGCUAUGGAUUCAUCGCAGAAAAUAAAUGGCAAGGGACGUAGACGGAGAUCUAGCAGCAACACAGGAAGUACCAGAAAAAUUAAAGCAGCAAAGAAAACGGACCUUAGCCUUAAGAAAACGACGCCGCCAAUGUGUACCCUAUUGCCAACAGUUGAGAAUAAACGAGCUAUAAUAAAAUUUUGGAAGUCGGAAUUCGAUCGCUUUCCCACCUUUAAGUGUUACAAUCAAAUGCGCGAAAAAUAUCGCUUUUUUAGUGCUUUGGAUUCAGCACAAGAUAUGGAACAAGUGAGUGAAUCGUUGGUUGUAACGCGUCGAUCGCAGCGUAGACGUGAUACAGAAGCUGUAAGUUCUACCGCUGAGCAAGAUGAUAUAAAGCCACCAGCAACAGCACCCAAUGGAGAGCUUUUGUUCACAGAAAAGUAUAAACCAAUGCUAGUUGAACAAGUGCUUGUGAAUCUAGUGCCGGUCACACAGUUGCGUGAUUUUCUAGCUACAUGGGUCAAUGGUAAUGUGGGGAGUGCACGCAAUUCACAAACAAUGGAUGAUUCAUUCGAUGAGUCUAAUGACUCGACGUCGAGCAUAAGCAAUGCGACGAGCAAUGCUGUGGUGUUGCUAGGGCCGGUGUCAAGUGGCAAAACGAAUGCGGUUUACGCGCUGGCAAAUGAUAUGAAUUUCAAUGUGCUGGAAAUAAAUGCUGGUAUGAAGCGUACGGGAAAGCGUUUAAUACAAGAAUUGCAGGAAGCAACACAGUCGCAUCAAAUUCGCAAAGACUCGACACCCAGCCAAAGUUCCAGCAAAGCGCAGAAAAAUUUACUACGAAUGUCCCUGAACGGCCAGAAACUAAAAAAGCAAAAUUCUCAGAGCCAAUUGGAUGCCGACAGUGGUUGCAAUGCAGAUAUCACUCAAAAUACGCGAAAAUGUUUGAUACUAAUCGAAGAUGCGGAUGUGGUUUUUGAUCAGCUUGACAGCGGGUUUACGGAUGCCAUCUAUACUUUGGCAGCAAGCUCCAAGAGACCUGUCAUUGUAAUGGCUACGAAUCCCAAUUGCCUGCAUUUACAACGUCUAAUGAAUCAAAAUACAAUAUGUUUCACGCCACCAAAUGCGCUUAACAUAUCACGAUUUAUGGCCGUUUUAUCGCUGAUUGAAAACUGUCCCAUCAAUCUGGAUGAUUUAGUGUCUCUAUAUUUAUACAAUCGUAAAGAUUUGCGACGCACUUUGCUAGAGCUGCAGUUUUUCAUACAGAGCGGUGGCGAUCGUAGACAAACAGCAGUAGCGGCAAAUGUUAAAAAUGAAUCGCAACAUCGCACACCGCAAAAGGUUGAAGGCAUAAGACGCGAAUCGGGUUUCUUUGCAUCGCCAACAAAAUGUCGUUUAUCAGAUGAAGAGAAUUCGCAGCAACCUCAGGAGCCGGAUGAGCAACUCGGAAGAAGCGAUAAGAAAAACAGUUCUACUAAGGAUGUAUACAUACACCGUUCGUUGUUCGAGUAUUUCACUUGCAACCAAAAUGAGCAGUGGCGCAUACCAUUUCCAGUUGAUCUCAGCUUGUUACGCGUCAACUUAACUGAAGUGUUUCAGUGCUCGCAACGAUUACACAUGCAACCAGAGUGUGUAAUUGAGAACAGUGAAAAGGGCGCUAAGAAGAUUGGCAGUGAAAAAUUGAGUGCAACUAAACGUAGAACACGUACGCCGAAGAAAACUUGCAUUAACAGUUCGUUAGCUGAAAUUGAAGUUAAUCGCCCGCAACACACUAAGUCUCCACUGGAUGUGAUGUGUGACUUCUAUGAAAACAUUUCGAUUGCUGCAUUGUUGGGUACCCAUAAUGCUGACAUGUCCGAGGGCAGUGGAGGAGCUAUUUAUAGGAAUGGUAUAACGGGUGGGGGUGCUGAUAUGGGUGUCGAUCGGUUGAUGCCACAUCUGUCGGAACACAUUGCUCACGGGAUAGUGGAGGAGGCGAUAAGCGUGAAUUUGGAAGCGAAGGCAUGUCCGUACAAUCUCUUCAAUACGCGUACAGAACGGCUUUCACUUUGCAACUACAUAAACAGCAGCGUAUUUGGUUCGCGCAGUCAGCGUACACGAGCUUUAGAUGUUGAACCAGCGUUGCGUGCGAUCUGUCGCAGCGAGAAACAACGCGCCAUGCAGGAGCGACGCUCAACUCGUUUCUAUCAUUACCUGCGGCAUAGUGCCGCCAAUGUUUCCAGUUUUUCAACGGAGCCGUUCGAUAAUGCCUGUUCCAUAUUGCAAAUUAACACACCAGAUGCCGUGGAGGAAAAAUCGGCUGAAGCAUGAGACUGAAGAUAUAUGUAUAGCCCAUAACGUUCCAAUGUCAACUGAGCUGAAUUUGUUUUACUUACUAACAGCGUUAUUUAGGAAACAGUUGCUGGGUUUUAUCUUUUGCAAUAUGAGCGCAAA